AUGUCUACACUUGGUUUUGAUGACGAUAAAGCUAAAGAGCUUGCCAAAUCUAUUUGCUACAUGCUCCAUAUGUAUGAUCAUUACGUAGCUGCAACGAGACUGAACUAUUUGGCUUCAAGAAUGGGCCCAUCCUCUUCAUCUUCAUCAUCAUCUUCACAAUUUCAUUUAGGAGUGUUUCCUCAAAUUCUGGGCUUUCUUUUCUUCUUCUUAUCUAUUGGAGCUUCGGGGACUACUUUUACUUUUAUAAAUGACUGUGGGUUCACUGUUUGUCCUGGAGUCAAUGGUUGGACUGAUUCCAAUACUGGAUUCGAGCUAACAAAGGGUACUGCAUGCUCUUUUCAAGCUCCGGUUGGGUGGUCGGGUCGUAUCUGGGGGUUUUUCGGUGAAGGUUAUAGGUACUUGGGAAUUUGGUACACCGAGGAUGUUGAAUCAAGAAAAAUAUGGUUAGCGAAUCCAAACACGCCAAUCAUAUCCACCUCAGGUGCCAAUGCCCUCUCCAUUGAUGUCAACACUGGAGACUUGAUCAUCAUUGCAGGAGGGCGAACUCUUAUGAGCAUUACCAAUGUUCAAAUUAGUCCAAACCCAAAUGUGACUGCAAGCCUUGAAGAGAAUGGUAAUUUUAGGUUGAUUGAUGAAAUUGAGAAAAGGGUUUUGUGGCAGAGUUUUGAUCAUCCAAGUAAUGUACUUUUACCUGGAAUGAAACUUGGGUAUGACAUGACAAAAAGGAAGAACUGGACCUUGACUUCUUGGCUGAGCAAUGAUAUACCUUCUUCAGGAGCUUUUACUAUGAGCUGGGAGCCCAUUGAAGAAGCAUCCCAAAGAUUGAUGAUUCGAAGACGAGGACAACCCUACUGGACUAGUGGUAGUCUAAAUAAUCAAAUAUUUCAAUAUAUGUUUUCAUUGAAUGGCCCAAGUAGCCAAUCUAGAUAUAAUCACUCUUUUGUAUACACCAACGAAGCACGAUACUUUAGCUAUGAGGCCAAUAAUAUCGCUGCUUUACCCAUGUGGAUUUUAACAGCAAAAGGACAAGUUACAGAUAUUGAUAAUUCUACUGUUUGGACACCUGAGUACUGUUAUGGGUAUGAUUCUGGUAAUGGUUGUGUGGAGUCGAGUUUGCCUCAGUGUAGAAGAGAUAGUGAUAAGUUUAGUGAAAUGAAAGGAGAUUUUGCACAUGAUUUGACAAGAAGUGUUAUUGAUGACAACUCAAGUUUAAGUAUUAGCGAUUGUUUUGUUAAGUGUUGGAAUGAUUGCACUUGUGUGGGGUUUAAUAGUAGUAGCAUCAAUGGAACUGGCUGUGUUAUAUGGACUGGAAGUAAUAACUUUUUAGUUAAUACUCGUGAUAACUCUACUUUAAAGUAUGUGAUCAACCAAAAUCCAAUCAAUCCAAGUACAGGUACCAAAACAGAAAAGAGCAAGAAUUGGGAAUGGAUACUCAUUGGCGCUGUCAUUCCUCUCUUUUUCCUAUGUUUUGGCAUUUUAUGGUAUAUAAAGAAGAGAAAGCAUAAACGAAAAGAAUAUGAGAUAUGGAAGAGAGAUGAGUAUUUCUUGGAGUUGACAGCUUCUGAAAGCUUCAAGGAUAUACAUCAGCUUGAAAACAAUGGUGGGAAAGGAAAUGACUUGUUAUUAUUCAGCAUUGCCUCUAUCAUGGCUGCCACUGAUGAUUUCUCCAUUGAGAAUAAGCUCAGACAAGGUGGUUUUGGACCUGUUUACAAGGGAAGACUAAGUGAUGGACGAGAAAUUGCAAUCAAAAGGCUUUCAAGAACAUCAGGGCAAGGGCUCAUCGAAUUCAAGAAUGAACUAGUACUUAUUGCUAAACUCCAGCAUACAAAUCUUGUUCAAAUUUCUUCUUCUUUGAUGAAAAUAGAAAGACAGAGUUGGAUUGGUGUAAACGAUUCAACAUAA